CAGAACCCCCUAGAAGGUGAUUACAGAGAUAGUAGAUUUCUUUCAUGCCAGGAAAAGUAAAAUGCUGGAAGUCUAAUGGAAUUUCAGAGCCUAAUUUCAAAAGGAUCAUACAAAGAGGAAAUAAUAUUUAGGAUGGUGAACUGCUCAGUGGAGUAUAUCUAAAAAAUGAGCAGGCAGAAUUGCUGGCUAUGUAAAGUAUGCCGAAAUAAAUUGAAGCGACCCCCUUCAAACCUUACUUUGGAGGAAGUGUUACAGUGGGCCCAGUCUUUUGAAAAGCUGAUGGCUACAAAAUAUGGUCCAAUUAUUUAUUCAGCAUACUUAAAAAUGGAGCACAGUGAUGAAAACAUUAAAUUCUGGAUGGCAUGUGAAAAUUAUAAGAAAAUUGCCUCACAGUGGAGCCGAAUUUCUAGGGCAAAGAAGCUUUAUAAGAUUUAUAUCCAACCACAGUCCCCUAGAGAGAUUAACAUCGACAGCUCAACAAGAGAAACCAUCAUCAGGAAUAUUCAAGAACCUACUCAAGCAUGUUUUGAAGAGGCACAACGAAUAGUAUAUAUGCACAUGGAAAGAGAUUCCUAUCCCAGGUUUCUGAAGUCAGAAAUGUAUCAAACACUUUUGAAGACUAUUCAGUCCAACAACAACUCCUGACUACCACUCAGAGUUCACAUUGAAGAUCGAGUGUUCAAAGUACUGGCUUUGAUACUUUAAUUAGAAAAAAAAAAUCUUACUAAGUAAAAAAAAAAUAGUGUAGGAAUAAAAUAGAAGAAAUCAACAAUAAACUGUUUUCUAGUUACCAAAAAGAAAUAGAUCCCAGGGCGAGGAUAGAUAGCAUAAUGGUUAUGCAAAGAGAUUUUCAUGCCUGAGGCUCUUAAGUCCCAGAUUCCAUCUCCCACACCACCAUAACCCAGAGCUGAGCAAUUCUCUGGUAAAAAAAAAAAAAAAAAUCCUCAUGGGGUGAAAUCUAGAGAUCUUACUAUAUGAGUUACACAAUUUAUUAACUAUUCAUGAGUUCAGUUGCAACAAAAGCAAAAGGAAAGUUUUCUCACAUAAUAUCAAUAUUAUAAAUCUUAAUUACUAUAAUCAACUAACUGGUGGGUUUUGUUAAUAAGACUUUGCUGUCAUAAUGCACAGAUAAAGCUAUAUGAAUUGUGUACCUAGAAUGAUAUAGAGGGCUCUCUUUUUCCUUUAUUAUUUAUUUAAUACUGAUUUACAAAAUUACAGGAUAACAGGGGUACAGCACACCAUUCUCACCACCAGAGUUCUUGUACCCCCAUUCCCUCCAUUGUAAGCUACAACAGUUGUCCUAAGGUUGCAGAUAUGGGUUUAACUAUUAUUUCUAUAACUGUCUAUAUUUGUAUAUAUUUGCCCCCAACCCCCUUUUUUUUUCCAAUGGUCCCAUCUUUUCGUCCUUUCCAAAUCACACUAUAUCCACCUGCUCCUCCCUUUUUCCUCUUCUCCUUCCAGGUCCUGACGGAGUUGGAGGUCAGAGCCCUCUGGUCAUCUUCCCCCUAUCACUUCUCCCCCGCUGGGAGUAUGGAUAGAGAGCCUUAAUAGCUUUAAUUAGUAGACAAUCUUGGUACUCAUAAUUCAAUCAACUGUAUUAUAUCAUGAGCAGUAUCAAGAUUUGUUCUUAAAUAUUUGAUCUGUAAAAUCUCCCUAUCAUUCUAUUCAUAGCGGAACUCUAUUCCACAGGUAAAAAAACACCCAGAAGGUCCUAAACCUAUUAAAGAUGUUCCUGUAUUCUUAUUCUUUUAUUACUUCCAAAGGUAGAAAUGUGGUUGCUAUAUUCCAAGGGAAAUUUAUUCUCACAAUGUGAACUCAUCACGGUCACUUUUAAAUUAACAUAAAUACAAAAAUAAACUAAAGAUAUAAGUACAGUUUUCUCAAAGACAUAAUUUUUCCUAUAAAAUAUUAUUUUAGUUGUCCCAUCAAAGUAACUUACUAGAAAUUAACAGAAGGGGCCAGAAAAAUAAUUCACUUGGGAGGUGUGUGGCGGUGCACCUGAUUAAGCACACAUUACCAUGCAAAAGGACCUGGGUUCAAGUUCCUGUCCCCACCUGCAGGGGAGAAUUGUCCCAAGUGGUAAAGUAGUGUUGCAGGUGUCUCUCUUUCUCUCUCCCUGUCUCUCUCCUUUUCUCCUCUCAGUUUCUCUCUAUCAUAUGAAAUAAAAGUAAUAAUCUAAAUAAUAUUUACAACACAGUUCACUUGAUUAGUGUGCUGCUCUGCCGUAUAUACAUUCCCAGGUACAAGUCUGGCCCCCACUACAUCAAAGGACACUUCAGUGAUUGGGGGGGGAGGUGUUUUCUUUUUCUCUCUCCUGCCUUUCUGUCUCUAUAAAAAUUAGGGGGAAAUUUGCCAACAGAUUCCAGAAGAAGGAAUUCAUUAAUCAUUGAUCAUUAAUAGAUAAUAGAUAUGUUAAAUAAAUAGAAAAAAUAUUUUAUUAAAUCUGUUUCAGGACACCUCGGGUCCAUAUCACUCAGUUUGUAGUAAAUCGUCCAAAUAUAUUACUGGCAUGAUUUAAAAUGGAACUAAAAUAAUCAACAUGCUUUAUUAUUUAUUUUUCCUUGAACUGGUAAAUUACUGCAGUGUAAUAAAAGAUAAGACUAGAAUUUCCUAUUUUUCUUAUUCACUGAUUUUUAAUCUCCUAUAUAUCAUUUGUUCACUCAGCUCUCAUACCUUUCACUUUAUGUUGUGAAGACAAGGUACCCUCUGGUGCCAUGAAAUAAAAGACUUUGAGGUACAAAGCAAAUGGAUUGGGUGUGUGUUCGCUCACCUUACUUGACGGCACUGUAACUAGGUGCCAGCAAAUCUAUUUCUUCAUCUAUAAAAUAAAGAGGAAGCACGAGCUGACAAAGUGCAUUAUGUACAGUGGAUGUCUGAAUACACUCAAUUGUUUAUAUUCAAAUGGUUUCAGAACAUUUUGCUUUAAUAAUAUUCUAAAUCAUGUUUAUUUCUUUAAGAAUAUUUCCAAAUUAAUCAGUAUUUUGUUUUUUCCUCCAGGGUUAUUGCUGGGCUCGGUGCCUGCACCAUGAAUCCACCGCUCCUGGAGGCCAUUUUUCCCCCUUUUGUUGCCCUAGUUGUUGCAGCCUCAUUGCGGUUAUUAUUGCCAUUGUUGACAUUCCUUUGUUGUUGGAUAGGACAGAGAGAAAUGGAGAGAGGAGGGGAAGACAAAGAGAGAGGGAAGAGAAAGAUAGACACCUGCAGACCUGCUUCACCGCCCGUGAAUCGACUCCCCUGCAGGUGGGGAGCCGGGGGCUCGAACCGGAUGCCAGACCCUGCGCUUUGCGCCACGUGCGCUUAACCCACUGCGCCACUGGUGGCCUGACUCCCCAGUAUUUUAUUUUUUAAAACAAUUUAAAUUUUGAUAUUGAUACAGUAACUACAAGUAUGUCACUGUUGAUGUUUUGUAUGAUAUUUGAUUUAUCCUUAGGAUUUAGUAAAUUUAAAUCCUAAUAAUGUCAGAGUUCUGAUAUCAGAAUCUAACUGAUAUUUUCUGCUUUUAUAGACUUUCUUGUAAAUGUGUAUGG